GGAGCUGCAGGGUCGUCGGAGGACUCGCCUGAGUGCGCGGUGUGCUUGUCCAAGGUCGAGGAAGGCGACCAAGUCAGGGAGCUGGCAUGUCGCCACGUGUUCCAUAGAGUUUGUCUCGACAGAUGGUGUCAGUCGUCGCUCACAAGGAGGCGCCCCACGUGUCCACUCUGCCGCCGUUCCUUGACCUGCAGGGGGAGCUCAGCGGCGGCGGAACCGCCGGAAGUGCUGCUCUUCGAUUUCGCUAGCUUCGUGUCCUCCGAUCGUGACACCAGGGACACUUGGUGGCUCCGCUAG